CAGAACCGAUACUCUAUUCGUAACAAUAUCAUAAUGAGCAGGGCAAAUGCGUCCGGAGAGCGAAUAUUAUAAAGAAGCUCUUUAGAUGGAAUACUGUAUGGUUUUUUCACUUGCAUUUCUUUUAUUUCAGCAAAUUGGCAUAUUUCCUGGGCAUCAUGGAUUCGGCGGAACAGUUCCAUUCCAUAGUAAUCACCAGAGCGUGUUUCAUUUCGUCCGCAUUUCCUUGUUGAUACGGUCCAUUCGACGAAACCAACUGGUUCCUAAAUUUUGAACCGGGGGCACCUUCAUCCAGCUCAUCUCAUUUCCGUCUCAGAAUAUCAAGUUCUUACUUCAGCUAUGACAGUUGGCAAUUCUGAUAAAAGUUACACGUCCGCUUCCACACUUGUCAUGUGUUGCACCGCCGCCAUGAUCUCUGAGACUGGUACGAGCUUGUGAUUUUCAUUUCUAACGACCUAUGGUCCGCAGUCACUUAUCCACUUGAUAUGCUCAAAACUCGCAUCCAGGUUUUUUCCGAGCUGCGAAAACAGAAGAGCCAUCCUGGGAUUUGGAAACUCGCGGGGGCCACCAUUCGCACGGAAGGUUUCUUGCAACUUUGGCAAGGUCUUUCACCGGCUUUGGUUCGCCACCUAAUUUACACGGGAUCACGAGUACCAGUGUACGAACUCAUUCGCCGGGACGUAUUCGAUUUGCCCCCAGCCGCUCACUUUGCGGUCAAAUCUGAUGGGACCGAAAAAGACUAUCCGCCCUUGGACCGAAAUCCCGGCUUUGUUGUACGUGCGGCACUUGCAGGAGUAAUGGCUGGAGCUUUUGCGCAGUUCCUAGCCAGUCCCACAGAUCUUGUCAAGGUACGCCUUCAAACCGAAAUGAAAUGGAGAACUGAAGCGGCUCUCUCCGCAUUCGGAAGUUCCGUUCCUUCACCCUCAGCUUCACCGAAACGUCUCAGCUUCGUGGGUUGUCUAAAACAGCUCUACUCCGAAGGUGGUCCAACAGCACUCUGGCGUGGUGGCCUCGCCAAUGUGCAACGCGCGGCGCUAGUGAAUAUGGGUGAACUGACAACGUAUGACACGGCAAAGCGCUGGUUCGCCAUUCGGUUCCGAUUAAAGGACGGACCCCUUUUACAUAUUUGUGCUUCGACCAUGUCUGGCCUGGUCGCCGCUCUACUAGGGACACCGGCAGAUUUGAUCAAGACCCGGAUCAUGAAUCAGCGAGGCUCACUUCAGUCGAACGAGCUGCUCUAUAGUGGUGUGGUGGAUUGCGCCUACAAAAUUGUGAAAACAGAAGGAUUCUUGGCUUUGUACAAAGGCUUUUUUCUCAUCUGGGCGCGAUUGGCCCCGUGGUCUCUGACUUUCUGGCUUACCUACGAGAAAAUCCGUACUGUAUGUGGCGUGGGCGGCUUUUGAAUGUCACCUUCCGCGUGGACCAUCUUCAUAUGCCUUGCAUACUUGAUUUUACCUCCAGUUCCAAGCACCCCUCCUUUUUAUUGUGGCCAUUAUUUUUGUUGAUUCCCACGUUAGCUGCAAAUAGAGGCAACUAUUUUCAUUCGCA